AUGUUUAGACAAAUUUCGAUUCACCCUGAUCAUCGGAAUUUACAGUUGAUAUUAUGGAAGAACAGCGUGAAUGGCCCAGUGCAAGCUUUCAAACUUAACACUGUUACAUACGGAACUUCUUGUGCACCCUACUUAGCAACCAGAACUAUUAAACAACUAGCCAUUGAUGAGGGUGAUAGUUUUCCCUUAGCCGCUGCUGUAAUAAUUAAAGACACGUAUAUGGAUAACAUUUUGUCAGGACGUUCAGAUUUUCGAGAAUUUCAAUUACUACAAGAACAAUUAGUAGACCUGUUUAAAAAAGCGGGUAUGAGCUUACACAAGUGGUGCACUAGUACUCCAAAUUUUCGUAAUUCCAUACCAUUAGAAGACCAAGCAUAUGAUUUCUUUUGUGAGCCACCAAAUACCAUUAAAUCCCUUGGGGUUAUUUGGAACCCAAAUUUAAAUUAUUUUACCUCCAAGGUUGAUGUAAAUAUACAUGACUCAUGCACCAAACGAAAGGUGUUAUCCACCAUCUCACGCUUGUUUGACCCCCUUGGAUUUCUUGGUCCAAUUCUAACCAAGGCUAAAUUGUUUCUCCAGAAACUCUGGAUACUCAGGUUGGAAUGCGAUGAACCGCUUCCAGAUUCAAUGGCUAAGGAUUGGCAAUGUUUUGUUUCUACCCUACCUGCCACUGAAAACAUGCAAAUUCCUCGUCACAUGGGGGAGAAGAGUGGAAUCGUGAUUCACGGUUUCUCCGAUGCAUCGGCCGUUGCGUAUGGAGCAGUUCUGUACAUGAAAUCAAUUUCGGGAGAAACAUCAUAUACGAGACUUUUGUGCAGCAAAUCCCGUGUUUCACCAGUGAAACCUAUCACGAUCCCUCGUUUAGAAUUGUGUGCCAGUGUUUUAUUGGCACAGCUUUUGAACAAGGAUUUUAAGUCUCUAACCUUGCCAAUUCAACAAAUAAUGUUGUGGACAGAUUCUACAAUUGUGUUGGCAUGGCUUCAACGGUCACCUGAUCAACUCAAGACUUUUAUCAGCAAUCGAGUUAAAGUAAUACAAGAACUAACUAAGAACUGUCAUUGGAAUGACGUUGCAUCUGAUAAAAAUCCUGCAGAUGUCCUUUCUCGUGGUUUGAAUGCUUCGGAAAUUGCCUCCUAUGAACUGUGGUGUGUUAAUUAUUCUAAAAGUGGAGCUACUUCCACAUGA